CAUCAACAAGUAGAAAAAUGCAUGGUUCUUGCAUGUGAGAACUACCUUGGAAAUUCCGAAAGUAAAACAUACGUGAUUUGUUUUUCAAUUUUAGGUUACCUUAUCAUCAUUUUCUUAGUUCAAAAACAGAAUCCAGAUGUCUCACCGAUCGUUUACGUUUUGCAUUAGAUCGCCAAUUAAGGCGAACACCUAUUGUAAACGUUUUGCUGCAUUAUCAAAAUUAUGUUUACAUUUUUUUGAUUAUAUCCGAUUGAAUUUGUUAGCUUUAUAAUUACGAACCAUCUGAAAUCACAUUUUUUACGAUAUGAACGAUGUGUUCCACCAAUCUAGUACCACCUUGUUCAUGUUGUUUUGAUCUGUUUCGUUAGGUCAAUGUUGAUUGAUAAUAGAAAACAUUUAUUUGAAAUGUCGAGCUCAAUGUAUCCCUUUUCAAAAGAAAAAUUAAUAGACUUGGUAGAAGAAAUGCCAGAGCUAUGGAGGAUUAACUUGAAAAGCAAUCGAGAUAAUUGUGCAAAACAGAGGAUGUGGGAAGAGAUAGCGAGCAACUUUUCCGACCUGGGUAUAACUGGUGGUGCGUAUUGCGCUAAAAUUUGGAAAAAUAUAUUCGACUGCUGGAUUAAGGAACAUGUAUACUGGAGAACACAUAAAAGCGGGGCCGGGCAGAAAACGAAGAGAAAAUGGUGCUGGUACGAAAGGGUGUCUUUCCUUCAAAAAUGUGGUAAAAAUUUUGGGCCCACAGAGUCAAAUCUAAACUAUUCCGAUGAAUCCAACUCAAUUAUCGGUACAAGUCGAUCAUCCGAUUCAAAUUUUCAGAACGUUUAUAUGGGAGAUACCGGCAUGGAGCAUCUAGAAGAACAUCUUGAGUAUGAAGAAUAACUACGUCCAUGCAACCAUCAUCAGCUAUGGAGAUCGAUCCACGGUGGAACAAAGAUCGAUUUAUCCAUACAACUGCUCUGCUCUGCAAGAAACAUCGGGCUGCUGUUCUAUAAAUAACCCAACAAUGAUCAAUAUCAACUGUCUCCGCUGUCCGGUCUGCUGA